AUGCAAAAUAAUGAUGUUUUCAGCCCUAAGAAUAGAAAUUCAGAUUUUAGUAAUGUUAGUGUUAUAUAGUCUUCAACUCAAAAGACUGUGUUACAUGAAUACUAAUUAUCAAAAAUAAAAAUCAUUGUGCAUUCAUUUGAACCUAAAUUAUAGAAUUUAAUUAAAGCAGAUGGAGAUUAAACAGAUAUCAAUCCUGAAACAGAAAGAGUUUCUAAAAGAUAAAAUCAAAGAUUAGAUAUGUUUAAAAAUGAAAUUGUCAAAGGUUAGAAAAUUCACAAAAUUACAUUUCGAGAUCAAUUUGUUGGAGAAUCUCUAUACUAAAUUAAGUACUUCCAUAAAGAACCCUAAGAAGAUCUUGAUGAAUGCUGUCCUUGCAAUAUUUUUUGA